CUUCCUCCCCCUCCGUCCUCUGUCGCCUCCUUUUCCUGCCCGUCUGCCACCUCUUCUUUCCCCCCCUGUCCAUGCGGAACCCGGCUCCUGAGCACACCUGACCUCUCUCCUCCUCUCCUCUCCUUCCUCUCUCCCUCCUUUUCCUCCUUGGGGAAGGGCGCCCCGAAAAGGGCAUGCGGGUCCCCGUGUGACCGUGGCCAGUCGGGGUGACACACGCCCAAAUGGCCAAGUGGCUACGGGACUACCUGAGCUUUGGCGGACGGAGGCCGCCCCCGCAGCCACCCACCCCGGACUACAGCGACAGCGACAUCCUGAGAGCCUACCGCGCGCAGAAGAACCUGGACUUCGAGGACCCCUAUGAGGACGCCGAGAGCCGCUUGGAGCCGGAGCCCGUGGGCCCUGGGGACUGCAAGGGCCCCGGCGGUGAUGCCAAGUACGACUCCCCGAAGCACCGGCUCAUCAAGGUGGAGGCAGCGGACAUGGCCAGGGCCAAGGCCCUGCUGGGCAGCUCGGGGCAGGAGGCGGAAGUCGACACGGAGUAUUCAGACCCCUUCGAUGCCCAGCCUCAUCGCCCGUCCCCAGAUGAUGGCUACAUGGAACCCUAUGACGCGCAGCGGGUCUUGAGCGAACUGCCAUGCAGAGGGGUGCAGCUGUACGAUACUCCUUAUGAAGAGCAGGACCAAGAGAUAGGGGACGGGCCCCCUUCCGGGCAGAAGCCUCAGCAGAGCCGGCUGCCGCAGGAGGACGAACGGCCAGCGGAGGAGUAUGACCAGCCCUGGGAGUGGAAGAAAGACCACAUCUCCAGGGCAUUUGCAGUGCAGUUUGACAGUCCGGACUGGGAAAGGACCCCAGGCUCAGCCAAGGAGCUCCGGAGACCCCCUCCCAGGAGCCCCCAGCCCGCGGAGCGCGUGGACCCGGACCUGCCCCUGGAGAAACAGCCGUGGUUUCAUGGCCCACUGAACCGGGCAGAUGCUGAGAACCUUCUAGCGCUCUGCAAGGAAGGCAGCUACCUUGUGCGGCUCAGUGAGACCAGCCCCCAGGACUGCUCCCUGUCCCUCAGGAGCAGCCAGGGCUUCCUGCAUCUGAAGUUCGCGCGGACCCGGGAGAACCAGGUGGUGCUGGGCCAGCACAGCGGGCCCUUCGCCAGUGUCCCCGAGCUGGUCCUGCAUUACAGCUCGCGCCCGCUGCCCGUGCAGGGCGCCGAGCACCUGGCCCUGCUCUACCCAGUCGUCACGCAGACCCCCUGACGGGGACCCUCUGCCCCCUUCUGGGCUCUAGGGCCCAAGAUUGUGUCUCUUCUGGCCUGAAAAUAAAUAAGUUAUUGU